AUUUUUUGUUAUGGAGAUUUGAUGGUAUAUUAGAAAAGUUUUUAAAGGAAACACCAAUAAAAAAAUGUCAGUUGUUUCUUCGCAUAAUGAAAGAAAACCAGUUUCAUCUUGCACUUUGUGUGGUUCAUACCCGAAGAUUCCAUUAUUUACUCCCAUUGGUAUUUUCUGGGAUAUAGAAAACGUUAGGAUACCCAGCUGUCACCAGGCAAUAGCUGUUGUGGAAGCUAUUCGCCAAAGGUUUUUAAUGAACUAUCGAGAAGCUGAAUUUGUAGUUGUUUGUGAUGUUCUUAAAGAGAGAAAGGAAGUCGUGAUCGAUUUAAAUAAUGCACAGGUUACUGUGGUACAUGUAAGCUGCACGAAUAAGAACGCUGCUGAUGACAAAUUGCGUCAGCUCAUGAGACGAUUUGCAGACAACAUCGGAAUUCCAUGUGCUAUGUUGCUUAUAUCUUCGGACGUGAAUUUCACUACUGAUCUUUCUGAUUUUAAAAAUCGUAAAAAUGUUUAUGUCAUCCUUCUGCAUCAGUUUUUGGCAUCGAAAGCGCUGUUAAUUUGCGCCAACGAGCAUUAUUUAUUUGAUGAUAUUAUUGGAAACGUACCUUUUUUAAAAGACGCAACAACGGAGUAUACUGAUCCCGAAUAUCUCGAUGUCAUAAAUUUGCCACUUUUCGUAUCACCGUCCCAAGUACGCCAACGGGUUGAACAGAUCGCUGAAAACUGUGGCGGAAAAAUGGUUCAGCUUCAACGUGGCCGUGGCGUCAUUCGUUUUAAUAGUCUCAAUACCGCUCAAAGAGCUGUAUUACGAAUGCAAGGUGAAGACGUCUUUGGAAAGAAAAUAUCCAUCGAUUAUCGCCGUUCACCAUACCAGUCUACUGCUGUGCCUCGCACGCCAAACGACUUGAACGUCGUUCGCCCCCAUACCAAGGAGAUGAUAGGAGGGACGUGCAAGCGCCAUUUUACCCCUUUUCCACCGCCGCCUAAUCCAGCCAAAGUGGCUCCUCCUCGACUUUUGAACCUUCGCCCACGUUCUGUCAAUCGAGAAGAAAAGGAGGUACUACUUGGCUAUGAAGAACGCUGCACGAAAACGGCUGAGCAAGCCGUCGUAGACGAUACUUUUCGGCGUGCCGUUUUAGAUGCUGAUGGGCCCAAUAGGUGGGACUAUUACCGAACACCGUCCGAAUACCUUGUAGAGAAAACCCCCCAGGGUCACCGAAGAAUCCGUGGUAACUACAAAGCCCAACAUCAGUCAGCUUUAAAUGCCAAAAUUCAAGAUAAUCAUGUCGAUAGCAAAACCGAAAACAGAGCGGCUUAUAUUCCAUUUCCUGCACCAAGCGGUGAAACUCCCAUUCAAACUUGUUUCGCAGCACCCGCGCAGUCAUCAUUCUCUGCCUUGCAGUCUCCAACUUGUGCAUUAAGUACCGUAUCCCCUGUUGCUGUAGAUCUACAUGUUACCAAUCUAGAUCAAAGCAUUGGUGCAAAGGAGAUGAAAACACUCAUAACGUCUGUGUUCAAGCAGCACGUAAUGGUCAUGAAUGUUACUGUUCAUCUUCAGAGUGACGGUCAUCUUGCAGCAAUUGUGCGCGUACCUUCAGUUCAGGAUGCACAGUAUUGCGUUUCUCAGCUUCAUCGACGCAAACUGGGAAGCAAACGAAUCAUGAUUGCUUAUGAUCAGAAUAGCUAUGGUUCGGGUCCAGGAAGGAGCGUACCAACACCUCUUCAAAUCAGAGCUCAAGUGAACGCUCUUCUAGCAGAAAUUCCUCAACGCCGGCUUCCGCUGUUCAAGUUCCGCGAGUUGUAUGAGCAACGCUACACUACGUCGGUUAGUUUGGCUGAUCUUCAUCGUCUUCGGGAUAUUUUGCACGUUACAGAUGACGUUCACGGAAGGUGUGUAGUUUUUCUACAGAAUCAGCAUCCUCUGAAAUCGCAGCAAUCUAGUGGAGAUGAAUCAAAUAAAGAUGUAACGCUGUUAACAAGAAGUAAUUCUUCAGGUUCAGAGCCAGAAUUGUCGGUGUCCGAAAUGCCGCGCUGCCCUCUCCAUGAUCCUAUUCCAAAUCAUGUGUCCCAUGGCUGGGCUGAAUUAGAGCCUUCGCCGGAGCUUCCGUUGGUUUUGUCUACACUUCAUCAAAUUUCACUUCAUACCCACUGUUUAUUACAGUCACAUGGAGGAACCAUACCAUUAGCUAGUUUGGCGCGAUGUUACGAAAUGGAAAUUGGUGAAUUGAAUGUGAGUGAAGAAAAAGGCGUACCACUUGAACAUCUGAUCUCUUGCGUAAAAGGCGUUGGCAUCGUCGCAGUGGCAGGUCACAAGCGACUGCAGUGGUCGGGAAAAAAUGAUCAAAUGUCCAAUAACGAGCCCUUGCAAUCACUGAAUCCAUCGUUGCUUCCUCAGAUGUCACUUCUCUGUCGAGAGCUUGUAGAUUUAUUGAAGAUGGCUCCACAAUCCCGCAUCCCUUUCUCAAAAUUUAUUCCCGCUUACCAUCAUCACUUUGGCCGUCAAUGCCGAGUAGCUGAUUACGGCUACACUCGCCUUAUUGAUUUGCUGGAAUCGUUGUCACAUGUUGUCCAGAUUUUAGGCGAAGGUUCUAGACGCCAUGUUACGCUUAGUCAUAAAGCACAAAUGAAACGUUUCACGUCAGAUCUGUUACGAAACUUGAAAGCACAAGCCAGUAAGCAGAUGAGUGUUUCAAUCUUCCCAGCACUUUACGAGAAAACACUAGGCCGUCCAUUUGAUCCGAGAGACUAUGGCCUUUGUCACCUGAGUGAUCUCUUGACCCAGGUUGCGGAAGCAUCUGUGGUCGUUAUGACCACGGCUGAUGGAGAAGAAAUAAUUGCGUUACCGAAGCGCGAACAGACGUCAGACGAAGUGGAGCGUACCAAGCAAUUUGCCCUUGAGGUUGUUGAGCUGUUGAAGCACGCUCCGCAAUGCAAAUUGGAUUUUGCCAAAUUCAUACCUGCAUAUCAUCAUCACUUCGGCAGGCAGUGCCGCGUUUCAGACUACGGUUGCCAAAAGCUGGUGGAGCUUUUUGAAUCAAUUCCAGAAACCGUUCAGGUUUUCGAGCUGGAUAACGAAAUAGAAAAAUACGUACAGCUGACCAUGAAGCAACGUAUGAAGAUUUUAUCCGACCAAGUUACAUGGCUGGUCCGAAAUCAUACUGGCCAUCAGCCUCUGUUGCUGAAUUACUUACCAGACGCCUUUCGGAUUCAUUAUGGCUUUGCUUUGAAACCUGAGCAGUAUGAUGCGAGGAGCUUAGAUGAACUUGUUACAAAGCUAAGGAACCAUGUUCAGGUUGUUUAUUCCGAGAGAGGGGCUGAACUGGCACUUAUUGAUCAAACCGCUCUCUCGCAAGCGAAAUUCCGUGUGGUUUCUAUUCUCUACCCGGUCUUAGAUGGUUCAAUGGCACUGCGCACACUGCUUGAAAAGUACAAGAAUAACUAUGGUCAAGAAUGUCCGUUAAACUUCCUCACGGAUUACAUGGAAGACAUAGUAAUAGUAGAUAACGAAAGCGACUCGGAGCCCAUCGUUCGGUUUGUUCCCCUCUUUAUGUUUUCUCGCCAGGUUCACAUACUUUUGAAUGAAAAUGGAGGGCGUUUACUGCUUACCAACUUCGAGACCAGUUAUCUGGAGCGGUUCGGAGUACAAUGUCGACCUUCCUAUUAUGGUCAUUCUAGUAUAAUAUCUCUUUUGCAAUCCAUUCUUCACUUGGUCGUUAUACGCGGAAAAGGGCCCAAACGUGUAAUAACUCUUCAUAAAGAAAUGGCAGGUUUAAUCCCUCCCAUUGUUCCACCAGCACCGAAGCCAUCAGGAAUUAAACCUCCAGCACACUGGUUGAUUCAGCCGCCAGCAAACAAGCCUGUUAACCAAGAAGAUAUUAGUCCGUACGAUAAAAGUGGGAUGUGUGAAGAUCUGAAGCAAUUUUUCAACUCCAGUUCUGCUUCACCUGUCAUGUUAUCCCCCAUCCCAACUUUUAUUCCUUCGGCGUCUUGGAGUCCGGUAUGGAGCAUGGCUAUGGGAAUCCCUCUUAACAUGUCACCUACCUACGCUUCACAUGCAGGCUAUCCGCCUAAUUGGAAUGCCACUGCUUUGGCAUCUAAUUACCCGUGCAAUUACUGGUUUACAGCAUGGCAUGCACCCUGUACUUUUCCAGUACCCGUCACUCCUGUUUCGAAUUUUACGUCACCUGGAGCAUUAGUCAAAGAGAUCGAAGAUGCGACUUCCGCUCCAGGAAUACCUCCUCCUGCGUCGUUACUUCCUCGGCCAUCAAUGAUCCUGACUUCCAGCGUUGAAGGCAUGGCAUCUAAAAGCCCCGUGAGAAGUAGGAUUGCAGCGCAAUUCCGUACCCCAGCGAUCAAGCCCCUUAACUGAAAGUCAUCUUGAGCUAAGCCCCCAAAAUUAACGUCUAGUAUGUAACAAUUGCUACCAAAAUGCCAAGUUUGCUUGGCAUUUACAAUGGUGAUUUUAAUUAAGAUCAUACGUAGUUUCAAAAAACUUCUGUUUUGAAUUACCUACUUGUUUUGCAAUGUGUUUCUUUUUCUUUUGUUUGUUUGUUUCUCUUUGCUAUGCCUUCCGUGUUGCAAUGAUUUAGCUGGAAUUUAUUACAUGGAAAGAAUGUAUUUGCAAA